AGAUAUUUUGCGAAGUGAUUGAAAACGUCAACUAAAACUCAAGUAAAUAAUCACAACGAAGAAAAACAUAACCGCUGCUUUUUUCAUAGGUUAAGCUUUAACUAUGGGUGCCGCUCUGGGAGCCAUUGGUGGACUGAGCUGUUGCUCCUUAACUUCGUGUGCAGCUCCAGCUGCCUUCUGCUGUGGUCCAUCUGCUUGUUUUGUUGUUGUUCACGAUGUCCACCAUGCAAGAACUCAACAUCAACAAGAAUUGUCUACAGUUUCUUUUUAUUUCUUGGAAGCAUUGUCUCUGGUAUCAUGUUGACUUCUGGUAUCAAGGAAAAACUUAGGGAAAUUCCAUACUUGUGCAGUGAUGAAUGCCCCGCCAACAGUUUGGUUGGUUACACAGCAGUAUACAGAGUUUGUUUUGGCAUGGCUGCCUUUUUCUUUCUGAUGACUUUAAUGAUGAUCAAUGUUCAAAGUAGUAAAGAUGGAAGAGCAAAAUUUCAGAAUGGGUUUUGGAUUGUGAAAAUUCUUUUGUAUCUUGGCUUGAUCACAGCUGCAUUCUUUAUUCCAAAAGGCAAAUUUGUCCAAGCUUGGAUGUACAUUGGACUUUUUGGUGGAUUCAUUUUCAUUCUCAUCCAGCUCAUACUACUGAUUGAUUUUGCUUAUAAAUGGAAUCAAUCGUGGAUGGAGAAAUGGGAAGUAAAUGGCCAAAAAAAAUAUGUCUAUGGUCUUGCCAUUGCAACUGGAGCUAUGUACCUGAUUUCACUGAUUGGAUACAUACUUCUGUUUGUAUUUUAUACCAAGACAUCUGGUUGUGGUCUGAACAAAUUUUUUGUCAGUUUCAAUUUGUGCCUAUCAUUACUGGUUUCUGUUGUUGCUAUCUUACCAAAAGUGCAAGAAGGUCAACCAAACUCAGGGUUGCUUCAAGCUUCAAUAAUCACUUUGUAUACAACAUACCUGACUUGGUCUUCAAUCUCAAACAAUCCAGACGAGGAAUGCAAUACAGGCAUAUCGUCUGGAUUCCAAAGUCACUCCGUUUUUGCCGCACUCCUUAUGUUUGUGAUGGUCGUGUAUUCCUGUCUGAGAACAAGCAGUUCAUCCCGUCUUGGUGAAAUAGGAAUGACAAGAAAUACGGAAAUGGAGGAAGUUCUUUUACCAGAUUAUGGCGAAGAAGAAAAUGCGGACAGAAACGAAGAUCCUGAAAAAGGCGAACAAAAAUAUCAAAAUGUUCAUGACGACGAAGCACUUGGUGUUACAUACAACUAUUCAUUCUUUCAUUUUACAUUUCUACUAGCAUCUCUAUAUAUCAUGAUGGUGUUGACAAAUUGGUACAGCCCUCAACAUGCCGAUAUUACAACUCUGAACAGUAACAUGGCUUCAGUGUGGGUAAAAAUGGCGUCAAGUUGGUGUUGCUUGGGCCUGUAUUUAUGGUCGAUGGUUGCACCCAUUGUCAUGCCUGGAAGAGAUUUCUCCUGAGAUGCAAAAGAAAACUAACUACUUUUUGCUUUAUUGGCACAAAAAAAAUAUAUACAACAGGUCGACACUGUAUUUGUAACGAUAAACUUAAAAUUAUUUAGUGGAAACCUUCCACAUGCCAAGCACAGCAAGGCUUCAUUUUAACGUUCACUGUCAUGUAUCAACAUUAUAUGAAAUAAUAAAAAAUACUAUGCAAGAAUGUACCUUUA